AAGUAGAAAGCUUUUAUUUGUAGCGAUAGCGUGUUUAUUCUGCAGAGACAAGAAGGAGUGAGAGUGUCAUCAUGCCUGGGGUCCUGCUAGGAGACGUUUUUCCUAACUUCGAAGCGCACACGACUAUUGGCAAGAUCAAAUUUCACGAAUUCCUGGGUGACUCAUGGGGCAUCCUGUUCUCUCACCCACGCGACUUCACCCCUGUGUGCACAACCGAGCUGGCGUGUGCUGCUACGCUAAGCAAUGAGUUUAAGAAGCGCGGGGUGAAGAUGAUUGCUCUGUCUAUAGACAGCGUGGCAGACCACUGCGCAUGGAGCAAGGACGUGAUGGCACUUCACUCAGAAACAACAGCCGAUCCUCUGCCAUUCCCCAUUAUAGCAGAUAAUAAGCGGGAACUCUCGGUUCUCCUGGGAAUGCUGGACCCUGAUGAGAGGGACAAAGAUGGCAUGCCCCUCACUGCCCGCUGUGUGUUUGUUGUUGGGCCUGAUAAGAGGCUGAAGCUUUCCAUCCUUUAUCCUGCCACAACAGGGCGCAAUUUCACCGAGAUCCUUCGAGUCAUCGACUCUCUGCAGCUGACUGCCAACAAAAAGGUGGCUACACCCGUGGACUGGAAGCCUGGAGAUAAGGUGAUGGUCAUCCCUUCUCUCUCAGACGAAGAGGCCAAGAAGCUUUUCCCUGCUGGAUUUACUACCAAAGAAUUGCCUUCUGGGAAAAAAUACCUGCGCUAUACGCCACAGCCAUAAACAAAGCCAGGAUUUGAGAAAAAAACAGCACUUGUUUUCAAACCUUUUUUGUCUAAAUUAGUCAGCUCAUACUAUUGGAGCCUGUAAUGCUCAUUUUCUUUCUGACACUAAUCAAGUACAAUUGCGGCUGAAACAAGGCAUUAACUGAACAUUCAGUUAAAAGUGCAGAAUGUACCUCACUAAAAUAGUGCCUUACACACAAUAAAGUCUUUUUUGGCAAAAUGAAA